CGAGACGCCGCUUGGCGCGUCAUCAGGUGCCUUCCCCCUGUGCUCCCUCACUCCCCUUCGGCUCCGAGAGCGAUGAACGGCAACAAGACGCACUCGGUGCACUUCGACCCGUCGGUAUGCGCAGACCCGGACAGUGGGCGCUCCACUGCGUCGACGACCGCUUCUUUCUCAGCGGUCCCUGGUAAUAAUAACGCAGCCCCCGCAGCCCCCCCUGCCAAACGAAAUAGUGUUGUGCGCAAGAUCAUGCUACAGACGAUUGGAGAGCAAUACGAGGAUACGUCGUUACCCGCUGUACAGAGCUUUGUGGCCAGUGUGGAGAACUACUGUGCCAGUACCGAGAGUUUGGCCAGUUUAGGUAAGUCACUGUACACGUCACCGGCUUUGGUGUUCGUGGUGGACGAGGUGAUGCGUGUCAUUCUGUGGAAUGACUGCGCAGUUAAGCUCUGCGGCUACUCGAGAGAGGAGAUGGCAGGUCGAAACCUGCUCAAGGAGCUGCCAUAUCUUGUCCCCCCCGCUACAGCCCAAGUGCUGUCUGAUGCAUUGGCUCAUUGUGUGCGAGGGUCUCCCGUGACUAGUGUGAUGCUGGAACUUGUUGCUCGAGAUCAGAGCAAGGUUACGUUACUCGGAUCGUGUACCCCUUUGGUGGGUAACCCGAUUGGGGCGGGUAUGCUCGUGGUGGCUCAAGAUCUGACCCAUUUGCCAUUCGCUAUGGUGGACAAGAAGCCACUAGCCGAGACCCCAGCAGUGCUGGAUCAGACACAAGGAACUCCUUCAGAGACACCGCCAGUCGCUGCAACGAAUGCUCCAGCUCCACCUGCACCGGUUGCAGUACAGAACGCUGCUCCAGCUCCACCUUCGGUGCCUGCUACAGUGGCGUCCAACGCGUCGACGAUCCCUGGAUGGAGUGAGAUUGCGCCACAUUAUUCGAUUGAGUGUGUGCUUGGACAGGGAAGCUACGGCCAAGUGGUGCGUUGCAAGCACCUGCCGACGGGAGAGAUUGUGGCAAUUAAGAAGAUCCAGAACGUAUUCUCAGACCCCAUCGACGCCAAGCGGAUCCUCCGUGAGUUGUGCAUCCUGCGGCAACUACGACAUCCAAACAUUGUCCAGAUUCGUGAGAUCAUUGCGCCGCUCGACAUGGACCGCUUUCAAGACCUUUUCGUCGUGUUCGAGUACUUGCCGUCUGAUCUAGAGAAGCUGCUCCAUUCGCCACAAUUCCUUACCGCCGAACACUUGCGAUGGCUACUGUUGGAUCUGCUGAAGGCACUGAAGUACAUGCACUCGGCGGAGAUCGUGCACCGUGACUUGAAGCCAGCCAAUGUGUUAUUGAACCUGUCACCUGUAGCCAUCAAGAUCUGUGACUUUGGAUUGGCUCGUGGCCUUUCAUCAUCGGCCUCCACUACAGGACGCAAGCGGAAGCGGUUGGGCGAUGGAUCCACGCCAGACGAGAGCACAUUGCAAGGGGCAGGGGUACACCCGCGUACCCCUGCUCGUCGGAUCCAGCGCCAAUUGACAGAACACGUGGUUACACGGUGGUACCGUGCACCUGAGAUUAUUUUCCGUGAUCACGACUAUUCUGCUGCGAUCGACGUGUGGUCGGUCGGAUGCAUCUUUGCUGAGCUACUGAGCAUGCAGAAGAGCAGUGUGCCGUCACACUACCAGCGCGAGCCUCUUUUCCCUGGCGUCUCAUGUUUCCCUCUGAGUCCUGGUGCUGGCCAGGUAGCGCUGCCACAAGAUAGCCGAGAUCAGUUGAACACGAUCCUAGACGUUCUGGGCACGAUGGAGGAAGAUGACAUUGCUGAAAUUGCAGACCCUGACGUGCAGUUCUACUUGCGUAGUUUGCCACCUCGACCGAGACGCAAUUUGCAGGAAAUGUACCCUGGAGCUGAGCCUGAGGCUAUUGAUCUGCUCACUUGGAUGCUCAAGAUGAACCCAAGCAAGCGUGCUACGCUAGACGAGGCACUGUCCCACAAGUACUUGGCCAGUAUUCGAUCGCUGGAAGAGGAAAUUGUGGCACCUGGAACGAUCCAGCUCGAGUUCGACGAGAAAAAGAUGAAUGUGACGGAGAUCCGCCAACGAAUGAUGACCGAGAUUCGAUUCUAUCACCCCAACGCAGGCACCAAGACAGCAACGAAAGCUUCCGCUAGGGGAGCACAGCCAAACGGAGUCAUUAGCAAGAAGGCGAAGCAAGGCUGA